AUAUAAUAAUUAAAACCAAAAGCCAAGCCCCCAUCGGCCUGUCGCCGGUCGGAUUCAAUCUUUCCCAUGCAUCAUCCUCCUUUGCUUUGAGCCUCCAAUCUCUCACCACCAGAUUCACAGAGAUGUAUGUGGUUCCUCCGCCCAACCGCUCCGAUCCGCUUUCCGGAUCCACUCCCUCCUCCGAUGCUUUACGGAUUUACCAGACAUGGAAAGGCAGCAACAUAUUUUUUCUUCAGGGAAGAUUUAUGUUUGGACCUGAUGUAAGAUCACUGGCGCUUACCAUAUUCCUUAUUUUGGCUCCUGUUGCGACUUUCUGUGUUUUUGUUGCUCGAAAGCUGAUGGAUGAUUUUUCACACCAUUUGGGCAUAUCAAUAAUGGUUAUUUCUGUCGUCUUCACAUUUUAUGUUUUAGUUCUUCUGCUGCUUACCUCUGGAAGAGAUCCUGGUAUAAUUCCUCGUAAUACCCACCCUCCGGAACCUGAAGGCUAUGACGGGGGUGCAGAAGGUGGUGUACAGACUCCACAGUUACGCUUGCCUCGUAUUAAGGAAGUUGAGGUCAAUGGCAUAACUGUGAAGAUUAAAUAUUGUGACACCUGCAUGCUCUACAGACCUCCCCGCUGCUCUCAUUGUUCAAUAUGUAACAACUGUGUGGAAAGAUUUGACCAUCACUGUCCUUGGGUUGGACAGUGCAUUGGACUGCGGAACUACAGAUUUUUCUUUAUGUUUGUCUUCUCGACGACUAUCCUGUGUAUAUAUGUUUUCGGUUUCUGUUGGGUCUACAUCACAAGGAUCAUGAAUUCUGAGGAGACGACAAUUUGGAAAGCAAUGAUCAAGACACCUGCUUCCAUCGUUCUCAUUGUUUACACUUUUAUAUCAAUGUGGUUUGUUGGUGGUCUUACUGCAUUCCACUUGUAUCUCAUUAGUACAAAUCAGACUACUUACGAGAAUUUUAGAUAUCGGUAUGAUCGCCGCGCCAAUCCCUAUAACAAAGGCGUGGUGCAGAACUUCAAGGAGAUAUUUUGCUCUCCUAUCCCUCCAUCUAAGAACGAUUUUAGGGCAAAGGUUCCUCAGGAACCAACUUUACCAGCUCGAUCAGUUGGUGGGGGCUUUGUAAGUCCAAACAUGGGUAAGGCUGUGGAUGACAUAGAAAUGGGCAGAAAAGCAGUGUGGGGAGAUGUUGGACCUCUAACAGAUAAUCCAGAAGGUCACUUCAGUGACAAUGAUGGCUUGAACAUUAAGGAUGGUGGAUUUGAUGGCAUGUCUCCUGGGAUAAGGACUACCGUUGAUGAAGGUGAUCGCGCUGGAGUACAUCCUAGACGCUCCAGUUGGGGAAGGAAAAGUGGAAGCUGGGAAAUGUCACCUGAAGUACUUGCUUUGGCAUCUAGAAUGGGAGAACCAAAUGGAAUGGGAGGAAGCAGCAGCAGCGGCUUGACAACUGGACGACCCACGUAACACAAAGGUGUCCUUUACUGACCGUUGGGAUUCAUUUGACUUGAUUUGGUGAUCUCGAGCUUGUAAAUGUAUGGCUUGGUUUCUGGUCAUUCUGCUUUGCACAAUUUGUUGUGGGUUCUUAGGAACUUUCAGGGGCUGUCUAUAAGUGAUGCUGUGGCCGCUCAGCUUUGGAGAAGGAAUUGAAUGGUUUGGUUUCUGUGAGGGGUGCGAUUUUCCUUCUUGGUGUUGUAUUUUAUUUGUGGGACUAGUUUGUGUCUAAUGGUUCAAUCUCUUCUCUCUUGUCUAUCUGUUGGCUCUGCGUGGACUGUUUGUUGGUUACACAUCUCUCUUCCAUUUGGAUUUUAAUCACUCGUGGUUGCAGAAUGUGUUCUUUU